AACGCGUCUCAACCCGGCUGCCGUAGUCGAGGCAACUGUAAUGGGGAAGUAAACAGUAGCGGCGUGAAGUUAAUUCAGCUUCGUUAAAGCGCUUAUUUUCGUUUUCGGGACUGAAGGGAUCGCUCGCCGCAACGUUAGAGAGAUGGAUAUGGUGUGUUUCCGGUUACCUGGGCACGGCGACGUUGCCCUGAGGAACAUGAACUCUCUACGGGAGCAGCUGCACUUCUGCGAUAUCACCAUCAUGGCUGGAGGCAAGAGGAUGUUCUGUGGUCAUAAAGUGGUGCUAGCCGCCUGCUCCGCCUUUCUCAGGGACCAGUUUCUGCUGAACCCCUCUGCACAGUUGCAGCAGGUGUCAGUGUUGCACAGCUCAACGGUGAUGCGGGAGCUCCUGCAGUCCUGUUACACAGGGAUUCUGCAGUUUAGUGCCAAAGAGAUUGUAAAUUACCUGACUGCAGCCAGCUACCUCCAAAUGGAGCAUGUGGUGGAGAAAUGCAGGGGCGCCCUGAGCCGGUACCUGCAGCCUAAGAACGACAGUCCACUAGGAAUGAAAGCAGAGGAUUCCCAGUCCAUACCGGUGAUCGUCAGUGGAAGUGCGUCAGCUGCUUCUGAUCACACGUCAUCACUGCAGCCUCACAGCUCAGAGGAGGAUCCCCAGCCCACUGAUGUGGAAGGCCCUGGUGUUCAGCACGAAGACGAUGAGGAUUUGUCCAUUCGACAGGUUAGAGCCCCAGAUCCCUCUGGAUGUAUUCAAGAGGACGAGGUGAGAAAUGACUUCAGCGUAUUUCAGGUUCACAUUAAGGAUGACCACCAAGACCCAGAAGAUAAUGGUGAUGUCCAUGAGCAGGCUGGAGAGGCAAUGGAGGUGAUGGGACUGCCGACACGUGGCGAGGAGCAGGGCAGGGAGGAAGGUGGAGCUGCAGGUAGCAGCCAGAGGGCUGGAGUCCGCUACUGGAGGCGGCGAUAUGGUGAGCCGAGGAGAGGCAGGGGGCGGGGCUUCAAGCACAGGAGGCGCUACACCUUCCAUGAGCGGAGGCCUAUGGGUAACUUUCAACAAGCUUGGCGCUUUCCCACCUCCGAAGAGAUAAUGGGUAAUUUCGGAGCGGAUAUCGGACCAGAUUACCUGUCAGCCCAGCCUAUGACAGAUGGUCCGCUACCAGUGGAGUACCAGCAGGCAGAAGGCCCAGGAAACAUACCAGGCACGGACUCGGCGCCUGCCCACUUUAAUCUGGAUGGCUCUGGCGCUGAUGAAGAUUUAGGAGUGGUGCCGUUACCCACAGACGAGGAAGGUAGGGGGGACGACUCCGUGGCCGUCGUAGGGUCUACAUCUUGCGUCACAGGGACAGUAGCAUGUGAGCACUGUGGCCUAGCCUUCUCUUCGGUGCAGGACCUGGCCGUCCACUCGCGCUCCACUCACCUGCUGUACGUCUGCCCGUGCUGCGGCAAGCACUUCAGCCACUCCAGCAACCUCAGCCGCCACAUGGUGGUCCACCGCACGUCCAAACUGCACACCUGCCCCCUGUGCCACAAGACCUUCACGCAGAAGUCCACGCUGUGCGACCACAUGAACAUGCACAGCGGCGAGCGGCCGCACGUCUGCGCCUUCUGCCACGUCUGCUUCGCCCACAAGCCCGCCCUGCGGCGCCACCUGAAGGAACAGCACGGCAAGACCACCGCGCAAAAUUACAUGGAGAUCCAGCGAGAGAGUGAGGGAGUGGUUGGAGGAGAGGUUUAAGGUGACUACGGUUUAGCUGGAAUGGAAUAUUAAGUAGCCUUAGAGAGGAACAGAUAGAUUACGUAGAGGCCUUAUGCGCCUCUCAGUUUGUUGAGGUUUAAAGGGAAGAUCCUGACACAGAGUGCUUAAGUUCUGCUAGGACAGUUUACACUAGGGCUGCACGAUAUGGACAAUAUAUUAUACUGAUACACUAGUUAUAUGCUACAUAUUGCAACUACGAUACAACUUGCAACUGCUCGAGCAUAUUGAUGAACCUCUACGGUGGUUCAUUGGUUAUGUGAUAGCAUUGCAAAGCCAAUAUUGUGAUGACGAUUAACAGACAAUGUAUUGUGCAGCCCUACUUUACUCACCUCUCAUGCACUUCUUGCCAAACGGUAUCCACAACUUGGCCAACCUAUCAGUGAUAACGCUAAAUCACUUACGUAAACAGUUGUAAUACCACAGAAUAAGAGCAGAGCUAGACUUAGUCUACCUUUUUCAGGGUUUAAGACAAAAAUGACAUGCAUGCCAGGUCAGGAUCUGCUCAACAUGUAUUAGUGAGGCAUGCCCUAGUCCUGAACCAACUGCUUAAAGCCCACAUGUAUACUUAAGUCGCACUCACGGGUUGAAAUUUGCAUGGGAAAAGCACCUGGGUGUCAGGAUCUAGACCUGGCUUUGUAGGCAAGUUCAGUGGUGUUGACUCUUAUGUUGGCCAUGCUCUCGAAUAUUUAGGAGAAGCUGGUCACAAACUUAAGUAUAUCUGUGCCUCAUCACUGAAUGAAUUAGAAAACACUAUGUUAACGGACUAUAGUAUGGGGGGGGGAACAAUGAAAACAAGAACAAACUCUGUGUCAGUUUAAUUGCAGUGUAUGUGUAUGUAUGUAUCCAGUAACUAGCCUGUGUGGCAAUUCAAUAAACUAGUUAAUAACAAGUCGG